AUGGGGUUUUGGGGUUGGAGCCUAUUUAAAGGCUCCUUCCCACAGCCAGGCCGGGGGCGCGCACAGCCAGAGCCAAAGCAGAAAAAAAAAAUUAAAAAAAAAAUUGCUUCUCCUUCGUCGUCUUCUUCUUCUUCUUGUUCCCCUGCUCCACCUUCUAUCCCCGCCGGCGAACACCAUACCCGCCUCAGCAGCAGAGCCGCGAGAGCCACCAUCACUGUCGCCGUCUCCCGGUCACCUGUCCCUCCACGGCUCUCCCACAGCUCCAUCACAGCUGCAGCCGAGGACCUCCAACCGCUGCAACACUCCGGCCACCACAACACCAUCCUUCACCGGCGCUGUCAACACCAAGCACCCAUAACAGCAGCGGCAUCAUACACAAUCUCUCCCCCCUCUCCAUCACUCUCCUCAUAUCUCCGUUCUUUAACUCUUUCCUUUGUACGCAGAACUCCACGACUAUUGCCUCCGCAAGCAUCAGCAACCGGCAACGACCCUCUAGCAGCGCCAUUAAUUCCUGCAACCAUCACCGUCGUCUCUAUCGCAUCGUCGGACCUUUUCCAGCCCCGUUCUCCGGCAUCCCUUGCGUCUCAGUCCCUUAGAUUCCGGCGGCCCGUCCACCUCAUCUCUCACGGCCCUCACGCCACAGCAGCAGCAGCAGCCCAGGCAGCAUCAUCUCCGGCCACCUGUUCCUCUCUGCCGCCAGCACCAUCGACCCCGGUUGUACUCCUCUCUGUACAAUCACACUGUAGUGGAAGUGUAGGGGGUUUCAACCAAUUGGCCUGCGAAGAGUUGUUGUACCUUCCCUGGAGUCCAGACCAGCACGUGGUAAGGCGAUUGGACCUGCAGUUGAGCUUGCAGAUGCCUACAGACAUACUUGCAGAUGGUUACUUUGACUUUAUUUGGACUGAUCACCUAUGCUAAGUCCAUCCUUCGGGUCACACAACCCAUCAUAGGGGUUAAUCAUUUCGUUUAUCCAAGGGGGUGUCUUCUAUGCAUAUAUGUGAAUUUGUGUAAAUAGUGUUAUCUAUUAAUUGAACUAGUUUAC